AUGUCUGAAGAAGAUAACACCGACAUUUUCGAAAUUUUUGGUCAUUCUUUUACAUACAAAACAAAGCAUAAGUCUCUAACGGAUCCAAGGCGAUUGUCUGCUCGAGCUGAUCACCCAUUUCCCAUUCGCGGUGAAGGCCUAUCGUACUUUGAAAUUGAGGCGACCAACGAUGAGUCACAGGACCCCUCAACUACAUAUGCCAUGAUUGGCCUCGUCGGAGAGUUUGUCGAACUGAUAAAUUCUUGCCCCGGUGGCAUUAUGCCUACCCAUCUGUGGGAUAUAACGGAGAUGACGGGUGUAUAUUUGCCGGAGAAGGCUAUGUUCAAAAACGAUGAAACCGGAAACCACUAG